AUGGACGGCCAAUGGGAUAUAGUCAUAUCAUCUUUACAGGAUAUUUACAAUAGCAAUGAAGUUAGCCAAUUUGAUGAUGAUCCUAAUUUGAAGAGACUCAAUUUUGCAAAUUUAUCUGACGAACAAUUACAAACAUAUUUAGAUAAAUUCCAAGAUCAUAGAGAAAAUGUCAAGAGAGCUCAGAGGUUAUUAGAAGCUGUUAAAUCAAAUUUGGAUACAAUAUUAGAUCAGGUACCAAACGAUGAUGCUACUAAGGGCAGUAGUAAUGAAGUUGGCUCGGCAGGUUCUGUAUCGAGUAAAAGCUCAGCAGGAAAGACUACAAACUCCAUAAUGGGUAGAGCAUACUGGACAAGCCAAUAUAAUCUGAACCAUGAUAUAAUUGUAGGAUCAGAGGUUGCAUAUAAACCAAGAAAGGGCGGUGAUGGUGAAUGGUUUCAUUGUGAAGUAAUAAGGAUAAGUCCGGACGGUUUAAGAUUCGAGGUAAGAGAUCCCGAGCCAGAUGAAUUGGGGAACACUGGCAAAGUUUUUAAAUGUAAUUGGAAAGAUAUAAUCCUUAUCCCACCUACAACGGCUACAAGAGCCCAGAUACCGAAUUAUCCAGCAGGAACGAAAGUUUUAGCGAGAUAUCCAGAAACAACGACGUUCUAUCCCGCUGUAGUUAUUGGAAGUAAGAGAGACGGAACGUGCCGACUCAGAUUCGAUGGGGAGGAAGAAGUAAAUAAGGAGACAGAAGUUGCACGAAGACUUGUGCUGCCCUAUCCAAACGUAUCCUCAUCACCUGCCAAGAAGUAA